GGUCUGCAGUCUUCCGCUUCGUUCUUACUGUUUUUCUCCGCUGCUCCUUUCUUUGUAAUUCAUUGCAUGCUGGAUCGGAACCUAUGAACCAAUAUUCGCUUCUCAGGGUCCAUUGUGCUUGAAGAGGUUGGGAGACCGGAGACGAUCGCACCAUGAGGGUGACGGGUCCAACUGUGCGCCGGCGAAACCAUGCGUGGCUGCAGAUGAGAAGUUUCGAAAGACGGGGCACACGACACUCUCGACGCCAGGCCCAAGAUGACGACGAGCCAUAUGAUGCCGAUAGCUCUGGAGACGAGUCUGAUCCUGAACCGCCUAUCAUGGCCAGGACCGUUCGACCACCUCUUGCUUCAGCGACUGUAAGGGUCCGGAGCGGGAGGGGUAUUGCAAUCUUGCCCGCCACACGGGUAGCAACGGUCUCUACAGGUAUCACGGUCGCAGCGGGCUCCGCAGACGCCGAUUCUGACACUGCCAACUCUGAAUCCGAUGGGAUCGAGUCCGACAGCGAGGACUCAGCAGAGGAAUCCACAUCUACCUCGGCCAAGACAACGUCUUCGUCGACGACUGUUCGUUCUUCGGCCCCCACCGUCACCUCAGCCGCAUCCGCAUCGUCCAUCGCAACAUUGACGCCACCAGCGGCGUCUGUCGGCCAUCCCAAUGCUGCAGCCCCGUCCGCCGUAACCUCUACGGGCUUGCGUUUGAGUUCUCAGGCGCCAGCUAUCUCAACCCCAAGGGCGAUUGUCUCUACCAAGUCACCGCUCCCAAGCUCCUCGGCGAGCAAGGUCUCCAGCCUGGAGGAUCUUGUGACCUCUCUCACCAAGGCAGCUCCAACUGGAUCCAAGUCGGCAUUGCCGCUGGCGCCAGUCGUAUCAACAACCGCACCGUUGCCUUCCAUGCGACCCGAGCGCGAGAUGGAUGAGCCAGAGACAAGCAGUAUCAACGUAGCUCCUGCCGCACGAAACAAGCUCGGUCCGGGAGCUGUGGCGGGCAUAGUCAUCGGCGUAUUGGCCUUUGCCGCCCUGCUAGCCGGGGCGGCUCUCCUCUGGCGCAAACGCCGUCGCGACCGCGGCCUCCCCUUCCUGCCCGAAAAACGCUUCCGACUGGGAGACGGCGACAGCGACGCCGACGCGUCUCACCCGGCCUCCAUCGGCGGACCCGUAUUCGGAAAAGCAGGCGGCGGCCACCCGCCCGUCAAGACCAACACGCAAAUCAUGGACGACCUGAUGCGCGCGGCUUAUCUAGCCGACAGCGGCAUGAACGACAUGGAAAGCGCCUCCGCGGCCGCGCCAAUGGCAACCGCCGCCAGACCGCCACCCCGGGCGCAGCAGCAGCAGCACCAGCAGACGAGUGAGUUAUUCCUGGACGAGAAGGCAUACACGGCGCUCGCGGGCUCGCUGCCGACGCCGGGGUCGCCCAAGAAGCCGGUCCUGCGCUGGCUGAGCGGGGUGAAGACGCCCGUGCUGCCCCACGGGCCCAAGAUGCCGCCCUUGCCGCCGCCCGUAUCAGGACUGCCGCCUGGCGGCGCGGGCAGGGGAAGGGUGCCGGACCCGCCGCGGCCGGCGUAUUUCGGGCGGGAGACCAUGACGACGGAGACGACGAACACUAGCGUGCGCUGGUUUGGCUAG